CGAGCAUGGCGACGCGUCUCACCACCGUGAUGCGCAGGCCGCUUUGGCCGAGGCGCAUCCCAGCCAUCGUGCUCCCGCACAGCAUAAUCCCUCAGCAACUUCGAUCUGCUCCGACAGCCCUCCCAUCACGCCCCCUCAGCACCACCGCCAUCCGACGUGUCGAUGCCUUCCCCUCCCAGCUCGAGAAUGCCUCUCCCCUACCUCCCUCCGGAAAGCAGACCCUCACCGAGAAGAUCGUCCAGCGCUAUGCGGUUGGCCUUCCCGAAGGCAAGCUCGUCCGCAGCGGCGACUACAUCAGUCUGGCCCCCCAGUAUUGCAUGACCCACGACAACUCGUGGCCCGUCGCCCUCAAGUUCAUGUCCAUGGGCGCCACCCACGUCCACAACCCCAAGCAGAUCGUCAUGACCCUUGACCAUGACGUCCAAAACACCACCCCCGCCAACCUCAAGAAAUACCAGCAGAUCGAGGACUUCGCCAAGGAGCACGGCAUCGACUUCUACCCCGCCGGUCGCGGUAUCGGACACCAGGUCAUGGUCGAGGAGGGAUACGCGUUUCCCGGCACCAUGGCGGUCGCUUCGGACAGCCAUUCGAAUCACUACGGAGGAGUCGGCUGUCUCGGCACGGCGGUUGUGCGCACCGACGCCAGCAGUAUCUGGGCGACGUCGCGGACAUGGUGGCAGAUUCCCCCCGUCGCGCGGGUGACCUUCACCGGAACCCUCCCCGUAGGCGUGACAGGCAAGGACGUGAUCGUCGCGCUGUGCGGACUCUUCAACAGCGACGUUCUUAACCACGCCAUCGAGUUCACUGGCUCUGAGGAGACUAUGGCCAGUCUCCUGGUCGACAGCCGUCUGACCAUCGCGAACAUGACCACGGAAUGGGGGGCAUUGACAGGAUUAUUCCCGAUUGACCGCACCCUGGAACGCUGGCUGCGCUACAAGGCCACCGAGGCCGCCAUGCUUGAUGACCGCACGACGCGCCAGCGCAUCACCCAUGAACGGAUCGACGAGCUCUUCGCCAACCCCCUCGCCGCCGACCCCGACGCCCAAUACGCCAAGCAGCUGUACCUCAACCUCUCCUCCCUCUCGCCCUACGUCUCCGGCCCCAACUCCGUUAAGGUGGCCACGCCCCUCAACGACCUCGUUCAGCAGAACAUCAAGGUCAACCGCGCCUACAUCGUCUCCUGCACCAACUCCCGCGCCUCCGAUCUCGCCGCUGCUGCCAAGGUCUUUAGGGACGCAGCCCUCGCCAACCCCGGCACCACCCCCAAGAUCGCCGACGGCGUCCAACUCUACAUCGCCGCCGCCUCCGCCCCCGAACAAGAAGCUGCCGAAGCCAAAGGCGACUGGCAAGUUCUUCUCGACGCGGGCGCCCAGCCCCUGCCCGCUGGCUGCGGUCCCUGCAUCGGCCUCGGCAAGGGCCUCCUUGAGCCCGGCGAAGUCGGCAUCAGCGCCAGCAACCGCAACUUCAAGGGCCGCAUGGGCUCCCGCGACGCGAAGGCCUACCUUGCCAGCCCUGAAGUCGUCGCCGCCAGUGCCCUCAGCGGUAUCAUCUCCGGACCCGGCUCCUACGAAGUCCCCACGGACUACACCGGCGUAGAAUACGGCUUCGGCACAGGCCAGGCCCGCACAACCGAAAACGAACUAACCAACAUCCUCGAACAAAUGGAAUCGCUCAUCGACCGCGUUGAAUCCUCUUCCGGCGAUGGUGCCGGUGACAAAUCCGCCACCGAGAUCCUCCCGGGCUUCCCCGAGCGCAUCACCGGCGAAAUCAUCUUCCUCGACGCGGACAACCUCGACACCGACAGCAUCUACCCGGGUAAACUCACCUACCAAGACAACGUCUCCAAGUCCGACAUGGCAGCCGCCUGCAUGAUGAACUACGACCCCGAGUUCGCCACCACCGCCCAGCCGAACGAUAUCGUCGUCGCCGGGUUCAACUUCGGAUGCGGUUCGUCCAGAGAACAAGCUGCUACUGCUAUCCUCGCGAAGCAGAUCCCCCUUGUUGUGGCGGGCAGCUUCGGGAAUAUUUUUGCUCGGAACAGCAUCAACAACGCGCUUAUGGGCCUCGAGGUUCCUAGGCUGGUUGAGCGCCUGCGCGCGACCUUCGGAGAGCGUCAGCCUACCCGCCGCACUGGCUGGACUUUGACGUGGGAUGUCAGGCGCAGUGUUGUUGAGGUCAAGGAGGGACAGGAUGGUGAGAGCUGGACGGAGCAGGUGGGUGAGUUGCCGGCGAAUGUGCAGGCGAUCAUUGCUGCUGGGGGGUUGGAGGCGUGGGUCAAGAACGAGGUUGCGAAAAAGGCGUGACGGACUAGCAUUAGCAUUGGCAUUGGAGAGGUACUAGAGAGGUACUAGAGAUGCUAGAGGGAUGCUAGAGAGAUGCUAGAGAUAAAUACUGUACACAUAUUAUUAUUAGAGAUGGAAGUAUUGCAAUUAAGCUAAGAAG